AUGGGUGGCGCAUCUGGCGUCACUCUUCCAGAAACAUCAGCUGUACUCAAUGUAGAAGAAUACGCCUCUAAACCACAAAGCCACGGCCGUACAGGAUUCCCAAAACAGGACGGACAGUCACUUUCGUAUUGGCUACAGCAAGUUCGAUGCGAUCCGCUACUAGACCACCGCACAACGGAUGACCUACCUCACGAAGCUGAUACGGUCAUCAUUGGUUCUGGCAUUACGGGAACACUAGUCGCAAAGCAUCAUUUGGAGACAUUUCCUAGCAAGAGUGUCGUCGUCCUCGAGGCACGGGAGUUCUGCUCCGGUGCAACAGGUCGUAACGCGGGUCAUUGUAAACCUGAUCAGUGGCGACAUUAUGAGAAGUUUGCCCAAGCGUAUGGACAAGACCAAGCCCUCAAGAUCAUGGACAACGAGCAAGCCACAUGGAGAGCGUUGGUAGCGUACGUCAAAGAGAAUAAUGUGGCAUGCGAUCUCUGGGUUGGAGAAACCCUAGACGUUCCCCUUGAUGACGAAGUCGCGAAGAUAGCCAGAGAAGUCUUCGAGAGGUACGUUGAAGCUGGUGGGAAGGUCGAGCACAUCGAAGCUAUCCACGAUCCUAUUGAAGCAGCAGAAAAGUCCCGAAUCAAGAGUGCGAAAGCAUGUUACGCAUGGCAGGCGUCAACCUUGCAACCGUGGAAGUUGACGGCGCACAUCAUGCGCGACAACAUCACCAAGGGCGUCAACCUCCAAACCCGCACUACUGCUAAGUCGGUCUCCAGCGGGACGGGGUCCAGAAAAUGGGUGGUUCACACGGAGCGAGGUGACAUCGCAUGUGACACGAUUGUGCACGCUACAAACGCCUAUAGUGCAGCCCUCGAGCCAUCGCUUCGUGGUAUCAUCACACCUAAACCGCAUAUGUGCAACAGGGUCGUACCACCACAAGCCUUGAGCGGAUCCAAAGCUAUUAGGAACUCAUAUGGCGUUCUGCUACCGGAUGGUGCAUUGUUUAGUAUCAACCCGCGCUCGUCUUCUGAUGGUAAUAUCAUGUUUGGCGGCUCCAACCCAGGGCAAAAGGAGCUUGAUGCGUGGAUUGAGCAGAACCCAGAAAACUGCACCAACGACGGAAUCGCAAACCUGGAGAGUGUGACAAAGCAUGUCAAGAAUUUUGCAGAGGCAGAAUUCGAAGGCUGGAAUACCACCCCGACAGGCCCAGGGGAAGGGUUCGAGUACAGUUGGAGCGGUAUCAUUGGGCUGAGCGCGGACGGUGUACCAUUCGUCGGACAAAUACCCGGAAAGCCUGGACAAUAUAUUUGUGCCGGCCACCACGGGCAUGGUAUGGCGCGAAUCUUCACAGCAGCGCCUGGCUUGGUGAAGCUCAUGAAUGGCGAAGAAUGGGGUGCAACGGGGUUGCCAGAGGUGUACCAGAUGACGCCUGGAAGACUGGCGAAACUGACGAGUAUGGAUCCCGCACCUGCUAUCGCGGUCAUAUGA